AUGUCUUCAGAAACAGCAACUACAAAUAAUAAUACUCAAAUCCAUGCUGAUGACGGUAUAUUAGCUUUAGUUCAAAAUACACUACAUACGGGUGCUGGUAGUAAUGCUCAUUUAACUCUUGAUCAUCGACAUCAUGUCGAAUAUCUUCCGUUAAUAUUAUCAAAAACAACAACAACAACAAACAAUGAUGAAAAGACGGUAGCACCAAGUGAUAAAAAAUCAAUUAUUGGCACAUUAAUUUCAGCAUCACAACGAAAUAUAGUUAAAUUUGAAAUUGGUGAGAAAUUUAGUCUUGACCAUGUCUAUUGUAAAGAUAAUCGUCCAUUAGUACCAGGUAUACCCAUACGCGUGAAAUCAAUUGAAGCUGAAAGAGUUUAUGAUGUUACAUCUGUUACAGAAGUCAUUUAUCCAUAUCUGUAUUCCAUAAACCUUGAGUAUGGUACGUCGCACGAAUGGACCGUCUAUAAACGUUAUAAACAAUUUCACAAACUACAUAAAAGCCUAGUGAAAUAUAUUGAAGAUCAAACGGGUGAAUCCAUUGAAGAUUUAAAUGAGUUACAAGAAGGAAAUGAAGAUCGGCCAUGUUUUCCAACACGAAAUGAUCGACUAGCGUUCAUUAACGAACAUAAUAUAGACCAACGCUGUACAGGUUUUCUUGAAAUAAGUUAUUUAACAUUUGUUCAUGGUUUGGGUGAUAGUUCAAAAGAAAGUUUCCUACUGAAACGAUUAGCACGUGAAGAAUAUCGCGGAUGGAAGUUGAUUUAUCAUAUACCAUUCUUAUUUGAUAAAUGUAAAUUUGGACGUGAAAAUUGGUUUGUCGUUAAAGAUACCUAUUUAGCAUAUAUUAGUCCAAAUACAGCUGCUGUUCGAUGGCCGAUGUUAGUUGAUAGUUCUUUUCAAAUUGAAACUGAUAUUAAACAUGUAAGAACAAAACAUGGUAUUAAAAUAAAAAAUUCACAACGACCAUUAAUAUUAAAAUGUAAAAAUAGAUAUCAAAAAGAUGAAUGGAGUGACAAAUUAGAAGAAUUAAGACUAAAAAAUGAAGCAACAUUUUGUGCACAAAAUUCUUAUGGUUCAUUUGUGCCAAUGAGAAGGCAACAAAAAGGACAUUGGUUUAUUAAUGGUAAAGAUUAUAUGGAAGCUGUUGCUAAAGCGCUCUUACAAGCAAAAGAAGAAAUAUUCAUAACAGAUUGGUGGUUAUCACCGGAAUUAUGGCUUGUUAGGCCAAGUGAUAAUCCUCUACAUCGAUUGGAUAAUUUAAUUGGACAUAAAGCUAAUGAGGGUGUUCGAGUUUAUAUAAUGCUAUUUAAAGAAAUUGAAAAAGCAUUGGGUAUUAAUAGUGCAUAUUCAGAACGAAUAUUAACUUCGAAAAAUAAAAAUAUGAUUAAGGUUAUUCGUCAUCCAGAUCAUUAUCUUGUUGAUGGAACGGAUAAUUUUUGGUCACAUCAUGAAAAAUGUGUUAUUAUUGAUCAAAAAUUAGCAUUUGUCGGUGGAGUUGAUUUAUGUUAUGGACGAUGGGAUGAUGAUGAAAUGAGGCUAGUCGAUUUAGGUAGUGACAAUAUAGUUGAAUUGAAAACGGCCGAAGAACUUGAAGCUGAAGAUGCUCAAAAGGCUCGUGAUGAAUCAUCGAAAGGACAACCAAGCAAAGAUACAGAUAAUCUAACGAGUGAUACCGAUGCAAAUUCAAAAACAGCUGAAAUUCCAGUACCAGCACCACAAACUUUACUUUUAACAAAAACGACGAAGGAUCAAUCAAAGGAACAAAAAUCAAAUAACAUUAUUGAUUUUGAUGAUGAUGAUGAUAAAAAAGAGAAGAAACAGAAAAAAAAGCUUAAAACACAGCGUAAAAUGAUGAAAAAAGCUCAUCGACAAGAAGAAAAUCCAGUCGAUGAAAACGAGUUAUUAAUUGAAGAAGAAGAGACAAAAGUAGCUGCUUCUGGUGGUGCUGCUCGUUAUUUUAUUGGAAAAGAUUAUUCAAAUUCAUACGAAAAAGAUUUUGAAAAAUUGGAUAAAUAUGAUGAAGAUUAUAUUUCUCGACAAAAAGAGGCUCGUAUGCCAUGGCAUGAUGAAGCAUUGGUUGUCAGUGGAGAAGUGGCCAGAGAUGCAGCAAGACAUUUUAUACAACGAUGGAACAUUCAUAAGCAUCAAAAAUAUUUGUUUGAUGAUUCGUAUCCAUUUUUAUUACCAAAAACAUAUGAUAAUAAAAAUGAAUUAAUUGUAGACAAUUGGAAAGAAUUCCUUGGUACAGAGCCAAUAACAAUUAAUGCACAAUUUGUUCGAUCUUCCUGUCUUUGGUCAGCUGGUAUAAAAGUAACGGAAAAAUCAAUUCAAAAUGCUUAUUUCACAUUAAUUGAUGCAGCAAAAUAUUUUAUUUAUAUUGAAAAUCAAUUUUUUGUUACAAUUGCUGAACAUAAAGAAGUCCAUAAUCUAAUUGGUGAUGCUUUAUAUAGACGAAUACUUCGUGCUCAUACUGUAAAAGAAAAAUUUCGUGUUUAUGUUGUUAUCCCAUUGAUACCUGGGUUUAAUACACAAAAUGCUGUCGAUGCUGUUAUUUAUUUUACUCAACGAUCAAUUGCUAAAGGGCCAAAUUCAUUAUAUAAAAGAUUAGAAAAACAAGGUAUUAAACCAGAGGAAUACAUUAGUUUCUUUGGUAUGCGUGGCCAUGAUAUUCUCAUGGGAAGAUUGAUAACAGAAAUUAUUUAUAUUCAUUCAAAAUUAAUGAUUGUGGAUGAUAAAUGGGCAAUAUGUGGUUCUGCUAAUAUUAAUGAUCGCUCAAUGGAAGGUUGUCGAGAUAGUGAAAUUGCUAUUGUUAUAGAAGAUGAAGCAGAAAUGAUAGAUACGACGUUUAACGGUCAAUCAGUCAAAGUUGGAAAAUUUUGUUCAAAUUGGAGAAAAAAACUGUUCCGAAUGAUGUUAGGCAUAUUAAAAGAAAAUCCAGAUAAUAUUAGCGUUGAUGAUCCGAUUUCAGAUGAAUUUUAUAAUAUGUUUCGACACAUAGCUCAUCAAAAUACACUUAUUUAUGAAAAUGUCUUUUUAACAAUUCCAACUGACCGUAUUCGAAAUCAAGAACGUGACCUAGAUAAUUAUCGUUUCUUACCAAAAUUAGCUCUUAAAGAACCGCUAAAGGCAUACGAAGAAGUAAAACAAAUUAAAGGUUUAGUUGUUGAUUAUUCAAUUUAUUUUAAAGAUGAAGAUGAGAAUUAUUUACCAACUAUAACAAGUGGAGGAGAAGGAUGGGUACCAAAUAUUGUUUGGACAUAG